AUGGAUUUAAUGCAGUUCAGAAGAGUGAAGAUCACCACACUCAUUCUUAUACUCACCUGCAAAUUAUGCAGUGGUAUAGAUCCUCCUGGUCUUAGCGGUAAAGAAGCAGAUGUUAAAAGUGGACCUAAGGAGACUGGACAGAGACAACUACCUCUAGCACUUCCACCUGGUGGUUCACAUGCCAAUAGACACGGUCCUAAUGCUCAAAGGACUCCACCUCCUAGAUCUGGAGGACUCAGGGAUACAGCAACAAGAGGCACUUUCCCAGGAGUAAAACCUGUUACACAAACUGCAGUUGGAAGGGGUACUACUAAAGUAACCGUAAACUCCAGGCAUAAUACUCAUCCAGACAUUGAGGAUAUUGGCGAGGAUCUGGAAGAAGAUUUAAAGCAUGUCAAGGCGUAUCAUGAGAACAUGCAAGAAACUAUCAAGACUACCCUUGAGGUAACUAGUACUGCGGAGCCUAAAGAGAAGCCUUUGGAGUACAAGAUGGACAUGACCUUGGUCACUGUGGUAAGGUCUACUGAGGGAACUCUUUCAGUGGUUACCUAUACAGCCAAGCAAGAUGCCAAUAUACCCCUACUCUUGCAUGAUAAUAAGCUUGUUUGGAGGGGUAUAGACAGUAUGAGUAACAAGGAUACUCUGGUAAAGGCAAAAGUCUACCUUGGAUCCGGUGGACCAGUAGCUGCCAACUUGACAUACAAGAGAGUCACGGAAAGCACUACCAAAGAGUACUGUAAACUAGUAAAGGAUAAGUGGACCUUUGUUGAUAAAGGCGCCCUAGAAAGGACAUUUGAUGAGGUUGGUGAACUGCCUGGUAAUGCUAGUGCAUCUGCCUAUAGAACAAAGGUAGACUCUACUCUCUUUGACAUACAGGUGGAAAGCUAUAAGGGAAUACCUGUAUUAAACUGCACUGCCAAAAGAGGUGUAAAGGUACCCAAACUUGUUUACGACGGCAAAGAAGUAUGGCAAGCUGAUGGAAAUCAAUCCUGUUCAUCAGCCACUUUAUACUUUGGAAAGUCUGGUAUCAUUGGUAUAUCCUUUACCUAUGACAGUAGAGAAGAGACUCUCCAUGACUGUUUCCGUGUCUUUAGCAACGACGAAUGGGAGGGUGUAAACGGUGACUAUUAUGAAAGGGUACUUUAUGAAGCCAAGAAUCCAGAGACUCCCGUAGCUACUGCGUCUGAGAAUACCAAAUCCAAGAUCUUCAUUGACACCGCCAAGUUUACCGUAGUUAGUGACAUGGAGGAUACAGUCCCAGUCCUAAAAUGCACAGCUGGAAAUGGUGCCUCUAAACUUACCUAUGGAUCUGAUACAAUAUGGCCAGGUAAGAAGGAUGUGACAUGUCUCUCUGCCACCGUAUACCUUGACAAUGGACAUCCCAAGUUGGCGCUACUUGUCACCAGGGAUAAGAAUAAUAAGCAGGGGACAGUCUAUAGAUACCAUGACGGUAAGCAGUGGAAGAAUGGUAAUGAGAAUAAACAUAAGACCAAAUUUGGUGAGCUAAAGAAGGCUAUACUUACUGAUUUAAAUGAAAGGAUACCCGCAAAACAACCGAGAAACCAAGAUCGGGCUAGUGCAAAACAAGAAUCUACAGAGACUCCACCAAGUGUCAAAGAAGAGAUUACUCCAGAGGUGGAAGAGGAUAUUCAUAAGUUGCCUACUCAGCCAUCCAAGAGAGCUCCAGUAAAGGAGAUAGUCCUCGACAUUGGUAAACCAGAUCUACAAAGCUACAAAUCCUUUGACUAUGCACUGGAUGAUGUCCCAACUCGACUCAUAGUUGCGGUGAAGGAACAACCAAAUAGGAUAGUGCUUGGACAAGAGACUCUAUGGUCUGAUGACACUGGAAGAUGUAACUACUGUACCGUCCAUAUCAAGGAUAAGAAACCAGUGCUAGUCUACAUUUCUGGAGGAUCCUCGUUGUACAUACUAAAGACCGAUGGUGGAUGGAAAUCCAUUGACAACUAUAGUGAGGAAUUUGCUAAGCUUAGAGUUGCUGUACCCUCAUCAUAUUCAUUCUCCCUUGACCUCUCUGUUUCUGAGGAUACAGAGCAAUGUAGAAUCUUUGAGACACCCUUCAAUAAGGUAAACACUCGUUUCUAUGUUCCAAAGGUUGGAAAGUAUGCCACUAGUGUUUCUAAUGGACAAGCUGUAGUAUGGAAGGGAGACAAUGAGAGAGCAAUCCUGGUGAGACUCUACCCAUCUGAUAAUCCCACCUUGUUACACGUGCUCUCUAAAGACACUAAUGGAGCAUUCAAACACCAGUACCUUGUCAAGAGUGGUAGUAAGUGGGAGUCUAUUAACAAGGACGUUCACGAUAGACUACUCUCUGAAAUCAAGGCUACUGCACAUGGUAAAAAUACAGACGUUGGUAAGCUCAGACAAGAACUGAUGGAGUCACAAGCAUCUCUUGAUAAACUAGUAGAGUCCAUGAAAUUUACAGACUGUGAUGGACCAAAAGAUCCUUCCACUCUUGACGUUGUCCACUAUGAGGAGUCCAACGCCUAUACAGUUACCAACUGCACACUAGACGGUUAUCCUACUACAGUCUUUAUUCCUGACAAUGGCAGAAUUAAAAGGGUGGUAUACGGAAGUCUUACAAUCUGGGAAGGUACUGAAAAGGAGGAAUGUAAGUACCUAAUGGUCCACUACGUCUACAGUAUACCGGCAUUUGCAUACCUCAUCAAAGGGUCAGACAGGGAUAUAGAUUUAUACUUUGCAAACAAGGGAGAUAAUUGGGAGGAGAUCCAGGUAGACUACAUUAGAAAACUUAAUGAACUUCGUAAGGAUAAACCAGCCUCUGGAGACUAUGUGAUAGACAUCAAUAAUACUACUAGUGAUGAAAAAUGCAAGGUUUACAGCUAUAUAAUGGAUGGGCUUCUGACAUAUUCAUACUAUCCAUAUCCAGAAGUUACAGUGAAGAAUAUAAUGGAAGGAAAUAAGGACGUUUGGAAUGGAGGUACUUAUGCGAGAUGUCUUUACUUGGCAGUAAAUUAUGUUGAUGAUAAACCCGUAUUUGUAUAUUUUGUAACGUUGGAUGGAUAUAAACCUGAGUAUGUUUACUAUAAGAGGGAUUCAGAAAGUAUAUGGUCAAACUGCCAAGAAAAUGACUACAAGUAUGAAUGGAAUAAACUAAUUCAUAAGACUAAUACAUCAGCUGGGGGCAAAGAGAUAUCAGAUAUGAGACAGGAAAGACUUAAAAAGGUUGCACAUGUAAAAACGAUGAGUAAAGAUUGUAUAAUAAAUAUCAAUCGUAGAUUUUCCCAUGAAAUGUACAGAGUUAUAAAGGCAUUCAUAAACAAUAUUCCUGCUCUCAUAUACAUUCCGGGACCGAGUUUUAACUUUAGCAAAAUUAUUUUAGGCAACGUAAGGUUUUCCCAUAGUUAUCCGGGAGACAAAUUUAAAGGUCUAUGUACAUUUCUGAAGGACAAUGAACUCUCAAUAAUGCACCUUUCACAGGUUUAUAAAAGAGAAGAUAGGGAGUGGUAUCUGGAUUUUUCAGACACGAAAAAAAGAUGUGCAUUUACUGAUGUUGAAGAAUUAGAAUCCUACAAACACUCCAGGUUCAUAUUCUCACUGGAUAUAUCCCGUAGAGGAACUGAUGGAUGCAAAUUUGUAAGCUUCCAUAACAAUGGUGUUAUAACUCAUUCCCAUGUUGUUAAUACUGGAUAUACGGCCAAUAUGAUUACUGAUGGAAUUAUAGUACUUUGGAGAGGUGACAAAGGUGAAAAGUGCCUAUAUACCCUUACGAGUUUUCUGGAUGGUAUUCCUAUCCUACUUAACAUGUUUGUGAGACUAUCUGAUGGUACACUUGAACAUUACUACUUCUACAACAAUGGGGAAUGGACAGUUGCUAAUAGUCUGGACUACAAAGGUAUAUUGAGGGACCUUGCUGAAGCCACUAAAUCUAACUUGUCUGAGUCCAUCGACAAAGAUACCAGGGAAGUGCUCACUCUAGAUGUUGCCAAGGUAGAUACUGGCAAGUAUACAAUGGAGACUACAAAGCUUAGAGUACUUACCAGCAUAAAGUAUAGUCCACCAGAGAACAGCCGUGUUACCAAGGUUGUCUUCGGCAAUGACUCUCUAUGGCAGACUCUCAAGGCUAGUGUCCAAUGUAACUUUGCCGUCAUUACCUACAGAGGAAUAUCCAUAGAACUCGCUCAACUGUGUAUUAUGGAUGGUUGUGAAAAGUAUAUGCACUUUGAGAUGGAGGAUGGUAGACUAAGUAGUAUUACAGCUGAUGAAUACAAUGACGCCCUAUCAAGACUAGACUCUAGAGAUGGUGAAUCUGAUGAAGACUUUGAAUUCAUUCUUUCUACCAUAGAUACUCUUGAUCUCAUGACUCCAGCUGAAGUGGACUUUGAGAUUGAUAGGUUCCAGUUGGAUACCCUCUCUUCUGUAGUCUACCUACCACUACAUAAACAUACCAUUGGCAGAGUAGUACUUGGUAAGGUAUUAUGGACAAGUGGUAAAUCCAAGUGUCUCUAUGUCAGUACAUUCUCCACUGAUGAGUCCAUACAGUUAGUCCAGAUAGUCACUGAUAAUGAGACUAUCCACUUUGGUAGACUGGACAAGGAGCUUGUAAAGGUACCACAGAAUAAGUAUGAUGAACUCUUUGAGAAACUAGGGUACAGACAAGUUGACCAAACUCCAUUCUAUGUUCCACUUGAGGUACCAGAUACACCCAGCACAAUCUCAUUGGAUGUCUCAAAAGCUCUAGACUCCAGAGUUCAACCUGAAAAUGGAACCUUCAAUGGAGUAUCUUACACUACCUUUUACACAUCAGACAAGGAUAUUAUAGACAGGAUAUCCAGUGGUAAGCUUACCGUAUGGGAACCUGAAGAGGAUGAGGUCUGUGUCUAUGGUCGUUUCUAUCUGGACAAUGGACCCAAGCUUCUCAAGAUCCGUACUGUUGGUGAGGAUGGAAGUAACAUUGUACACCUUGCAUUUGAUACUGACAAGUGGAUAUAUCUCAGUCAGGAUGUAUUCAAUGAUAGACUUAACUUGAUGGUCCUAAAGUUGACUGAACCACUCAAGUUUGCCUUGACUACCACAACUGAUGGAUACUAUGAAUACACUUUUGACUUGAGUAGAUACCACCUAGACUCGAGAUUUAACUCUGGUUUCAUGACAUAUCAAGGUCACAAGUAUGCUGUUUGUACUCCCAAGAAUGGUGUUAUAAAGAAGGUAGUUCAGGGUAACAUUACCAUAUGGACUCCAUCUUCAGAUGACUACUAUGCCAACAUGAUACUCCUCUUAAGGGACACUCAUCUCUACAUUCUUGUACGAUCAUCAUUCGACAUUCCUGCCAUACUGUCUUAUAAUCUGAAGAACAAUGUUUGGAAUAUGGUAAACCAUGAAGCCAUCUCUACUGACAUUACCAAGACACUACCAAUCCCGUCCUUCAGAUUUACACUUGACCUAGCUGGAAAACAUGACCCAGAGAAGUACAGAGUGUUUAAGAUGGAUAUAAAUGGUGUCACUACCACAGUCUUCAUUACUAUCUACGGAUACUACUUUGACAAGGUGGUCUCUGGUAAGGACCUAAUAUGGCAGUCGUCUGAGAAUGAGGAAUGUAGGUAUCUCAUGUUCCAUGACAAGUCUGGAAAGAACCCAUUUAUAACAGUCUUUGUGGACUGUAUGGAUGAAUCCAAGUUCAUGGUCUAUGAGAUGAGGGACAAGUGGACAUUCUCCCACCAGUUACUCGGACCAAAGAAUGACCAUAAGACUACUGUCUCUACUGUUUUCAACCUAAGUGACAAGACUCCUCAGAAUGUGUACUUCUGCGAUAACGUCUUCAAUGGUAUAGUACACAGAGCUUACUCACCAUUACCUGGCUACCAUGUUCAGGGGGUAAAGGACACUGAGACUACCAUAUGGCAGACAGAGGAUAAGGAGCAAUGUAUAUUCAUUCUCUCUGUACCAGGCACUGAUAAGAGUAAAGUUCCACUACUAAGUCUCUUUGUAAGGAAUGAGGACUACUGUGGUUUCAAACACUUUGAGAAGACUGAUAAGUGGAGACAUAUUGAUGAACGUGGCUAUGACAGGAGACUCAUUGAGAAGAAGCAAACUAACAAUGUGACUACUACUGUUGCCAUAUCCAGUAUACCUCAGUACAAGAAUGCAGUUACUCUUGACACAGCCAAUGUUGACCAUGAUAGGGUUGAUCUCCAUGAAGACUCCUUGAAUGGUGCCAGAUUUCUCUACUCUGCCAAGACAGGGGACUACUUUAAUAGCUUAUCGGACAAUAGCAAGAGUGUUUGGAAGAGUGACAAGGACAAGUGUAUUAGUGUAGCCAUUUAUGGAAAGGAUGACCUACACUGUCGUCUGGACGUACUCUCCUCGGAUGUCAUAACUCCAGUGUACUUUUGCAGAAAGGCUGGCAACUGGUCCUCCACUAAUCACAAUACCUUCCAUAAGUGGCUAAGAAACUAUGUCAAGACUCCUAGAGUUAAACUUGAUCUGGAUAACUUGGACACCAACUUCUUUGAGAGCUUCAGGUAUACUCAGAACGGCUAUGAGAUACUGUAUGGAAGACCGCUACCUGGCUAUGUACUAACCACUGUUGCUGAUGGUUCUACAGAAGUUUGGGAAGCUGGACAUAACCAAUAUGCCACAGAGUUCCAGAUGUCAAUCAUUGGUGACUAUACACUUCUGUCCAUCAUCAACCAUUCCUACCAGGUUGAGAAUCUCUGCUUCCUAAAGUCUUCAAACAGUUGGUCGCCCAUUGAUGAGGAUGUCUAUGACCAGUAUCUAGUUCCUGUUAAUGAACUCAGAAGGGUGGAUGAUGUAAGACUUGAUCUAGAAAAGCCAGACUUUUCUAUCGUAGUCAGGCAUAAGGAUGUGAUGGGAGAUGUUACUAUACUAAGAUACACUCCACAUCUUGGAAGGCAUGUUACUGCAGUUGUCUUUGGCGAGUCUACUAUAUGGUAUGGGAAGUACCAUGACGAAUACUGCAUUUCAGCUGAGCAUAUAACCAAGGGUGGUGCCUUAUUCAUCAGACUACUCCUCAAGAUGGGAAACUCUUUUGAACAUCGCUACUUUACAAAGGUGGACAGUAAGUGGAUUACUCUUAGAGAGGAUGAAUUUAAGAACAGACUUGGUAUACAGGAUGUAGGUGUAAAGAUUGAUGCAAAGUAUAGUCUACAGAGCAAUGAAUCUGAUCCUAACGUCUACACACUGAACAUUUCUGGAACUGUAGAUAGGGAUAAGAUUACUGCUACUGAGACUACAUACGAGGAUGUCAAGAGUGUUACAUACUCACCCAAGUUUAUUGCUGGAAUUGGAAAGGUAGUAGACUCUGAUAGCAUAAUUUGGAUGGGAGCUUCUGACCAAAAAUGUGUUACCGCCGUUAUAUCCUCAAAGGAAGGACAUGAUUCACUUGUUAGUAUCUCCAUUAACGUUGAUAUUGAGGUACAGUAUAAGUACCUGGUGAAGAAGGACAAGGAAUGGUACAUCAUUAGAAAGACCAAGUAUGAUGAGUUGUUAGCUACUAUGUACAGACAGUUUGUUGUACAUGCUGAUACUACUUUUGAUAAUCCCAUAACUCUAGAUAUAUCGACAAAGCCUACUGAAGAUAUUACUUUCUAUGAGUAUACUCAUAACGAGGUAACCUACAAGACAUUCAAACCAAAGGAUGACAGGUCCAUUUUGGAAGUUGUGGAUGGCGAGAGUCAUGUAUGGAAGAGCUCAUCUGGAAAAUGUAUAGAUGCUUGGACCUACUCAACACCUUUUUCACAUCUAUGUCGUCUCGACAUUCUCUCCUCUGGUAUCAUUACUCCUCACUGCUUUGAGAAGAGAGGUAGUCUCUGGAUAUCACUGGAUUUUAGACUAUAUACAGAAAAGCUGAAGAAACUCGUAACUCACCUAUCUACAGAGAUCAAAAUUGAUUUUAGGGGACUUUCUAGGGAUCUAUGCCAUGUAUUGGAUUAUUUUGACAAGCAUGCAAUCUCAACAACAAUAGUCCCUGAAUUUAGGACUACUAGUAUAUAUCAUGAUAAUAAAAAGAUAUGGGAAUCCCAUGGUAAACAGUGUAUAAAUGCACACUUCAUCACAUCUCCAGGCGGAGAUCUUGCCUAUAUUAAUGCGAAAAGCAGUAAUGGUGAUAUAUCACCUUCGUCCUUUUACUAUUCAUCCGGCAGCUGGUUUAGUACUAACUCGUAUACCUUCUCCGAUACUCAUUCAAAACUUCCUCCUCUUCCAAAAGACGUUUUCAGCGGUGAAUUGGUAGACACCACUCUUGACAUAAGAAAUGUGGACAAUAAUUUCAGAAUUUACAACUAUAGCAAUUCGGUGGUAACACAUUUUGAGUAUCAAACACCUAUGAAUGCUAAUGUUACAAGGGUUAUAGAUGGAGUAAAGAUGGCUAUUUGGCAAGGUGAUGAGGAUGAUAGAUGCUUGUCAUAUGAAGUUUAUUCAAGGGAGGGUUACACUCCCAUAAUGAAGUUAAUAAUCACCAAUGACUAUGGUGUUUCUGUAAGCUAUUUUGAAAAGAGCGAUGAUGGAUGGAAUGAGAUCAACCGGAAUAUAUUUAAUCUUAGACUAGCCUCUUUAAGCAACAAUUCACGUUUACAGUUGCUAAAGGAUAGACUUUUGGAUGCUUCUGAAAAUUCAGAUGUAUUCGAUAGAAAGACUUCUUAUACUUCAGAAGAAAUAAAUAUGCUUUAUUUGAACCAGUGGCUACUAAGUCAUGUACCUAAUUGGGUGUUGGAUCAAUUCAAGACAUUGUAUCCAAAGAAGAGUUGGUGGUCUAGGUUGCGUUAA